GCAUCGCGGAGAAGAAUGGUCGUCGAAAAGCUAUAUAAACCCCGUUGACACGCCUCCAACACUCUCCUCCAUCACUCUCAUCCUCAUCCAUCCAGCCUCUCUCUCUCUCCUCUUCACUUCUCCGUGACAAUCUCUCUCCGCUCCACCAUGCAGCUCAAGAACGUCCUCAACCUCUCCGUCGUCGGCGGCGCCCUCCUGGCCAGUGCCCACCCCGGUGGCGGCCACCACGAGGAGCGCGAGGCCCUCGCGCAGCGCUCCUUCAAGCGCUCGCUGUCGCACGGCCUGCAGAAGUGCGAGGCCAAGCUGGAGGCCAGCGGUCUGCACGCCCGCGCUGAGGCCCGUCGCCGGGCCCUGGUCGACGUGCACCGCCGCCAGCUGCAGACCCGCGGCGACACCUGGGAGGUGCUGAACAAGUCGCAUCUGUCGGACCGCCCCGUCUCGCCCAACACCGCCGAGACCGAGCUCUUCGACGACGACAGCAAGAUCUGCCUCCUCGGCCCCUCCGCCGAGGGCGAGACCGGCCCCUACUGGAUCCCCGGCGAGCACAUCCGCGGCAACAUCCGCGAGAGCGAGCCCGGUGUCCCCGUCAUCAUCGAGGAGCAGUUCAUCGACGUCGAGACCUGCGAGCCCAUCCGCGGCAUCUACAACGAGAUCUGGUCCUGCAACGCCACCGGCGUCUACUCUGGCCUCGUCGCCGACGGCAACGGCAACCCCAGCGACCUCGCCAACUACCAGCGCACCUUCCUGCGCGGUGUGCAGCAGACCGACGAGGACGGUGUGGUCCACUACAGCACCCUCUUCCCCGGCCACUACGCUGACCGCACCACCCACUACCACAACAUCGUCCACUGGAACGCCACCCUCCUCCCCAACAACACCCUCGCCGGUGGCUCCAUCCCCCACAUCGGCCAGAUCUUCUGGGACCAGGACAUGAUCUCCAAGGUCGAGUCGACCUACCCCUACAACACCAACUCCAUCCCCAUCACCCUGAACGAGGAGGACCGCGUCGUCAAUGUCGAGACCAACAACGCCGACACCGACCCCUUCCUCAACUACGUCUACCUCGGUGACUCCCUCGAGGAUGGUCUGUUCGCCUGGUUGACUGUCGCCGUCAACACCUCUGCCAUCCAGUACCCCUACUGGACCAACGUCUACACUGCCACCGGUGGCGAGUCUGUCUGCGGAACUUGCGACGGUGACCCGGAUGCUGUCAACGGUGGCCUUCCCACCACCACUGCCUCCGCUUAAGCAGUAUCAAUGCACAUGGAAUUCGGCAAUGUGGAGUGAGACUGUCUACCCGACAGGAUUAGGGAUUGUGGUGAGAAUGAGAUAGUUAGAUAACGAUGGCAAUAUGAUGGCUAUACUUGGA